CACAUCUGUGCUGCUACGUAGCUCCUCUUGUCUGGCAUGCUGACUAGCUGGGCAGCGGUCAGGGAACAGACCACAGAGAGGCUCUGUCUGCCUAAAGAGGAGGCAAUGUGAAAGUGGAAACUAGCUGUAGGGGAAUAAAAUACGCCUUCCAAGAGCAAGCAAAUCAAGCCGUCCAAAUUCUAUGUAAUGAGGGACUCUACAUCAAAAGCUAUGGCUGGACCCAGGCCUGUGGUGUUUAGUGGUCCAUCCGGGGCAGGAAAAAGCACCCUGCUGAAGAAACUUAUCAAGGAACAUGAAAACGUGUUUGGCUUCAGUGUAUCUCAUACAACAAGAAACCCUCGUCCUGGAGAAGAGAACGGGAGAGAUUACCAUUAUGUUACACGGGAGGCUAUGCAGGCGGCCAUAAACAACGGCGAGUUCAUCGAGAAUGCAGAGUUUUCUGGAAACCUGUACGGCACAAGCAAAGCCGCCGUCCAAGCCGUCCAGGCCAAGAAUCUCAUCUGUAUCCUUGACAUCGACAUGCAGGGCGUGAAGAACAUCAAGAAGACGAACCUCAAUCCCAUGUACAUCUCCAUCCAGCCACCAUCCAUGGAAAUCCUGGAGAAGCGAUUAAGGGACAGGAAUACCGAGUCAGAGGAGAGCCUUCAGAAGCGUUUACAUGCAGCCAAGGUGGACAUGGAGUUAAGUAAAGAACCAGGCAUGUUUGAUGUCGUUAUUGUCAAUGACAAUUUGGAGGAUGCUUAUAAGAAUUUACAACAAGCUCUUCUUGAGGAAAUUAACAAAGUCAAGAAAACCAAGACUUCUUCGUAGAAGACGGCACCUCAUCCAUCCACUCCCCUAUAACUCCAGACCUCCAUUUGACAUGUACAUUCCCUCAGAUGGUGGUCUGUGAAACUCAGACAGCUUACUAUAAGGAAUCUAUAAACAUGUAUUUAGAUGAAGUUAACUUUAGUUAAAAAAAAUGUUUGAUUUUUAAUGAGCAUUUUUAGAUUUUUUUUCUUUAUUCUUUGUUUGGAAAGAAAGCUACUCCAAUGAAUCUUACUUGAAGUCUGACUUGCACAAAACAGAAAGAUUCCUGUUGUUACUAAAUUCUCUUUGGUCGGCACUGCAUGGUACCUUGUUUGUGGCGCAUGAAACAGGGAGCAGCGUGACCCAUUCCAUCAGGUGGACAAACCGAUUUUAGGAUGUAAAGCCAGUUCGUAUGACAUGCUGGUUGUUGGCACCAAACUGUGCUCACCUGGUAGUGUCAUUUAAUGUUGAUGAAGUAGAAAAAUCCAGAGUUGUGAUAUGUGGUGGUUAGUCAGGGUUUAAAAUUCAGGAAGUCGUUUACGUUCAGGAGAUAUAUGCAAGUCAGGCAUACUUUUGAAACAUUACUUUUAUUCCAGAGUUGGUAAAGCCAUUCAUUUUAAAGCUGUUUUGUUGUUGUAUAUGUUAACAGUUUUAUAAGUUUCAUUUGUAUUUUGUUGUACUCAAGUAACUUAAAUCCAAUCUUGCUUAGAGAAACAAAUCCUUUGUCAUUGUCACUUUUUAUGUUUUAAGCAGGGAAUACUAAGUGGACUAUUUUACAAGUGUAAUUUUGUAAACUUUUAUAUUGUGUAACUUGCUCACAUUGUAGCUUUAUGUGUAUAGUGAAAUGACAUUCAUUGGACUUUAAAGCAUAAAUAAAUGGACAUGUUUAAGGUUUAUAUAUUCCAUAAAACAAAAAGCACAGCAAAUCAAAUUAAAGGGGCAGUAUUAUGUAAACCAGGUAUUUUGUUGAGUUUUGCAUUGAUUAUUUUAUGCAUGUUUGAGAAAUCUUCUAGUCUUUUCUAGCAGCCAUUCGAGUUUGCAAAACACUUAAUGGGACCGAGCGCUGCCUUUUCCACAAAGCUCCUCAGAGCUGCAGUAUCUAAGCAGACUUUCUGCCUCACAGAGCAACCCACGCCCAGGCAAACCCCACUAAGCUCCUUCAGACUAGCAGCAGCAGCAAUUGGCAAACACCUGGUGGAACUGCUCAUCUGCUGAACUCAUGUAAACUAUUUUUCAAUGCAACACUCCUAAGAAUAAUGUUAAAGGCUUAAUGGAGGAACAUUGUGAUGACAUGCUGAAGGUAGUAGUUACUUGAUUGUGCUAUUUUUAUCACAAUGUGCCUGAAAAAUACAUACUGCUGCCCCUUUAAAGGACGUCUAUGAUGUACUUGUAAACUAGCAUCAAUACGUUUUCCAGCAACUCUUACGAAGUAAAACUAUUAAUGGCACUUUGUAAAAAUCAAUUAAUCUGACCAAAAGUUAUGUAUCCCUGAUAUUGUUGUUCACUAUUUGAGCUUAUUCUUAAUUCCAGCAAUAAGUCCUCUGGAAUACUAAAAGAUGUUACCUGUUAAAACUUCAAUAAAAUGUUACAGCUACAGCA